AGUGGGUUCCUCUAUCUGGCUAUCACAAAAAAUAAAGAUUUUUGUACUUCUAAAAAACUUAAGGUUGAGAUCGAAGAUUGUAACCUAACCCAAAGCCACGAGGACUGGCCAUGGUGGCGUGUAGGACAAUGUCACCGACGCCGCGUGGGGGCGAGGUUCAAGUCGAGCAGCCACGUGGCGGUUGCGACUAGAGGACCCGACGGUGUUGCUUUGGCUAGAACUUGCGUUCUUAACAUUAUCGAAAGGAAGAGCGAAAUUAGUCUUCGCCUUGUGGCCGCAAAACUCCCGUGUGAAGGAAAUUAACACAAGAAGACAUAGGUCGGAUAAAAUCUUCGAAGGAAGCUGUUGACCGAUGAUGUAAGGGGGUUCGGCGAUGACGGAGCGUGGCGGCAACAGCAACCAUGAAGGAAGGGAAGGAGGAGAUGAUUUGGUAGAGAGAGUCCAUGGUAACACUUUGCUCCGUAGCUAAAUCUAAUUAUUGUAAAUUGUCCUAGGCACAGUAAAAAAAACGCUAAAGAUACAAAUAUGCAUAAUGCAAUAACUUAAAACAUAUUUAAAUCUUCAAACUAUUAUAAAAACUAAAUUGCGGAUAGCACUCGCUGGAGAACAGAGACAGGACAAUGUUGUUGACAAUGGCGAAAAGCAUAACGAACUUCGGCACCUACUCGACUUGUAACUGUCAUACAAGUGAAGCCAACUAUGCCAAACCUCGUAAUUGUUUCAUCUUCUUCCAACAACCUUCAAGAAAAUACUUUUUAUCUUCAUACUUGGAUGUUCCUCGUAGUAGCACUAGGGUCGGUGCCUUUGCCAAGUUGGACGAAAACACCAAAAUUUGCAAAUUCUGCGAGGUGGGUGAUCUCAGAAAUGCCGUGGAAUUGCUCAGAAUGUCCCAAAAAUCGGAGCUUGACUUGAACGCUUACUCUUCUAUCUUGCAGCUCUGUGCUGAGCACAAGUGUUUGCAAGAGGGUAAGAUGGUUCAUUCAGUUAUCUCCUCCAAUGGCAUACCAAUUGAAGGGGUUUUGGGUGCAAAACUAGUAUUCAUGUAUGUGAGUUGUGGAGCUUUAAGAGAAGGGAGACGGAUAUUUGAUCAUAUUCUCAGUGAUAAUAAGGUUUUUCUGUGGAAUCUUAUGAUGUCUGAAUACGCAAAGAUUGGCGAUUAUCGUGAAAGUAUAUAUCUUUUUAAGAAAAUGCAGAAACUGGGAAUUACAGGGAAUUCUUAUACGUUUUCAUGUAUCUUGAAGUGUUUUGCUACUUUGGGAAGGGUAGGCGAGUGUAAAAGAAUCCAUGGGUGUGUUUAUAAACUGGGCUUUGGUUCUUAUAAUACUGUUGUUAACUCUCUAAUUGCGACUUACUUCAAAAGUGGAGAAGUUGACAGUGCACACAAGUUGUUCGAUGAAUUGGGUGACCGAGAUGUUGUGUCCUGGAAUUCUAUGAUAAGUGGGUGUGUGAUGAAUGGUUUUUCCCACUCUGCACUUGAGUUUUUCGUUCAGAUGCUCAUUUUGAGGGUUGGUGUGGAUUUGGCUACCUUGGUUAAUUCUGUUGCGGCUUGUGCAAAUGUUGGUAGUCUUUCAUUGGGGAGAGCACUUCAUGGACAAGGAGUGAAAGCUUGUUUUAGUAGGGAAGUUAUGUUUAACAAUACCUUACUAGACAUGUAUUCAAAAUGUGGUAAUUUAAAUGACGCAAUUCAAGCUUUUGAGAAGAUGGGUCAAAAGACUGUUGUCUCUUGGACUUCAUUAAUUGCUGCUUAUGUAAGAGAAGGUCUAUAUGAUGAUGCAAUAAGGUUAUUCUAUGAAAUGGAAAGCAAAGGGGUUAGUCCAGAUGUUUAUUCCAUGACUAGUGUCCUUCAUGCUUGCGCUUGUGGCAAUUCAUUGGAUAAAGGAAGAGAUGUACACAAUUACAUUAGAAAGAACAACAUGGCCUUGUGCUUGCCUGUGUCUAAUGCUCUCAUGGAUAUGUAUGCAAAAUGUGGAAGCAUGGAAGAAGCUUAUUUAGUCUUCUCUCAAAUUCCAGUUAAGGACAUUGUCUCGUGGAAUACCAUGAUUGGAGGUUAUUCAAAAAACUCUCUUCCUAAUGAAGCUCUUAAACUUUUUGCUGAGAUGCAAAAAGAAUCAAGACCUGAUGGUAUUACAAUGGCUUGCUUACUUCCAGCUUGUGGAAGCCUAGCUGCUCUAGAGAUAGGCAGAGGGAUACAUGGAUGCAUACUGAGAAAUGGUUACUCAUCAGAGUUGCAUGUAGCUAAUGCACUUAUCGAUAUGUAUGUAAAGUGUGGGUCACUAGUUCAUGCACGAUUGCUCUUUGAUAUGAUUCCUGAGAAGGAUUUGAUCACUUGGACUGUUAUGAUUUCCGGGUGUGGCAUGCAUGGGCUUGGAAAUGAAGCAAUCGCCACUUUCCAAAAGAUGAGGAUUGCAGGUAUUAAGCCUGAUGAGAUUACCUUCACUUCUAUACUUUAUGCUUGCAGUCAUUCUGGAUUACUGAAUGAGGGGUGGGGAUUUUUUAAUUCUAUGAUAAGUGAAUGCAACAUGGAGCCCAAGUUAGAGCACUAUGCUUGCAUGGUAGAUCUCCUGGCCCGCACUGGAAAUCUUUCGAAGGCCUACAACUUAAUCGAGACAAUGCCAAUUAAACCAGAUGCUACAAUUUGGGGUGCCUUGCUUUGUGGGUGCAGGAUCCAUCAUGAUGUGGAGCUAGCAGAAAAAGUGGCAGAGCAUGUUUUUGAGCUAGAGCCAGACAACGCAGGAUAUUAUGUACUUCUGGCCAACAUCUAUGCAGAGGCAGAAAAGUGGGAAGAAGUAAAGAAGUUACGCGAGAGGAUUGGUAAGCGGGGACUAAAAAAGAGUCCAGGCUGUAGUUGGAUAGAGGUCCAAGGAAAAUUUACUACCUUUGUUUCUGCAGAUACUGCACACCCUCAAGCCAAAAGUAUAUUCUCAUUACUGAAUAAUUUGAGAAUAAAAAUGAAGAAUGAAGGUCAUUCUCCUAAGAUGAGGUAUGCCUUGAUUAAUGCAGGUGACAUGGAGAAGGAAGUAGCUUUGUGUGGGCACAGUGAGAAGUUAGCUAUGGCUUUUGGUAUAUUAAAUUUGCCGUCUGGGAGGACUAUUAGGGUUGCCAAGAAUCUACGAGUAUGUGAUGAUUGUCACGAGAUGGCAAAGUUCAUGUCCAAGACAACCAGAAGGGAAAUUAUCUUGAGAGAUUCAAAUCGGUUUCACCAUUUCAAGGAUGGUUUCUGUUCUUGCAGAGAUUUCUGGUAAAUAAAUUGUUGGAGAAAUUCAAUUGAGGGGAAGUCAUAGUGAUAUCAUAUCAAUUUACCCCUUUCAUGAAUAAAUCUUAUGUCAAUCAGUGUUGUACAAUGCAUUUAUUAAUAAGGAUAGGGAGUCAAUGCCAAGCAUAAGAUGGAUCAAGGAGAGUCAUACUUGUGCUGUAUCAGAGGUAUAGACUCUUGGUUUAACAGUCGCGUCAGAGGCAAUUUACAUGUUAGACUCCUGUAUGACAUUACCAGAUUUUGUCAAACACAGAUAACCCAUCGACAUUUGUUUAUGUGGAUUUGAUUUUAGAAAGAAAAAAAUUACUGAGGGGAUCUCUGAUUGGAGUUGAGAAGCAGUAUGUUUUCAUGGAAAAUAGAUUAUCGGAAUAUUGCAAUUUGGGGGAGACACAGGGGAAGGUCUCAGUUUGCCUGGAGAAUCCAAUCGUCAUUUGUGAUUUCUGCCAAUGUUAAUCCUUCUUAUCUCUUGAGAAGGGAAUCAAACAGAGACUGGCCAUUGAAAUGCUAUUGUAAUGCUGAGGAGUUUCUCUGUAGUUAAAUGCUAUUUCGAUGCAAAAUCUUCUCCCUUGCAAUCUGAUGCAAUUGCAAAAUUUAUGGAUUCAUAUUAGGUGCCUAAAGGAUAAGAUGUUUAGCUUUUUUAAGUCAUUUAUGCAUUAUCAAGUGAAAUCAUGAAUAUUGCUAGAAUGCUAGUGCAUUGUUAAAUUUCUUUAACUUUUGAUUUACUGAUUUUGGUUGACUAUGUUCUAGAUAUACUAACAUAUUCAUUCACAUGGUAA